AUGUUCUCGACCUUCUUCCAGCCCUGCGAGCUCAAGCUGCAUCUGCUUCAGAAUGCCAUCUUCCUGCAUCCACCCGACCGUCCUCUGCCAGACACGCACGAGCGACCGCCCAUGGCCAACGACGAGGUUGUGCGUGGUCUUGUCGAGCUCUACGUCCCUUCUACCCGACACAUAUCUGGUAUUCGCGUGCGAUUGAAGGCCGUCCAGACCAUCGCCAUCCUAGAUCCCGCUUCUGGGCUCACCCCCGUCAGCUGGGAAGACUCCACCGUCCUCGAAAAGGUCGUCGAGAUCGGUAUCCAAAGCGACAAGGAAAAGCAUCUCAUCCAUCACCAUCAGCAGCGCCUCGCGUUCAACAAUCGAUCCGCAUCCGUUGGACCUGUUCCAUACGGUGCCUCUUCGUCGCAGCCUUUGCCUCGCGGUCGAAGCGCAGCGACCCCAGAUCGAUCAGGCCGCUCCGGAUCUGCUUUCGGAUUGCGGUCCAACAGCCCCGGUGGUAGUAUUCCUGCUUCCAUGGCGCGCGCUGUCUCGCGAGGCCGCAAGAUCGCUACCGGAAUGGGCAGGAUCAGUCACAGCCCCUCACCUUCCAACAGUCGCUCAGCCAGUCGUGCUGCUUCACCCAACCCACCAGGUCUGUCCGAACGUGGGCGCACUGCCACGCGUGCCCCGCCCACCUACGCCUACGCUAUCUCUGAAGCUUCGCAGAACCCUCCAGCAGCCGUUCCGCAGGAUCAAGAGGUGGUGAGCCAUAGUCUGCCCGCCAGUCAAGCCGCCACUCCUCAACGGUCGCGUAGGCCCAGCUUCUCCGACUCGCAAACACCACACGAGAGCAGUGGCCAGGAGUCUGCCACAGAGACGGACGAGCUGGCAGAUCACCUCAACAGGUCCCUUGCGGUACAUGCUCGUGCGGCCGAUCGCAGAAGCGCCAGCGCCACGCCAGUCGAGCAGACCUCGGCAAGCACGCUCGGACGCCAUCCGCAGCUGCACGUCGAGGAAGACCGAGGUAAGGGCAAGUCGAGGAGCUCUUCCAUUGGCUUCUUCGGCUCUCGCAAGGCGCGCAGCAAGUCACGCGCGCCUCUGUCACGGGGCGUGUCUGGUCAACCCAGCGAUCUUGUACAGGUCGAAGAGGAAGGCGGACGAGGUCGAAGAGGAGCAUCCGUCCGUCCAUCGAUGACGCCGUCCGGCUCGUCCGGAGGCAUCGCCAUCACCCCCGGCUCAGAAGGCGAAGGCUGGGAAAGCGAGCCCCAUCAGUCCGGUCUGGAACUCACAAAAGGCGUCCACGGCUUCGAGUUCGCCUUCAUUAUCCCCUGCGAUGCUCCACCCUACGAACGCUCGCCCUUCGGCCGUGUCCGCUACAUCAUCAAAGCGACCGCCAUCGGUGCCGGCCGAGCCAAAUCCAACGUCGAAUGCUGGCGCGACCUUUACCCAAUGGUCAACCCUUCUCCCGACAGCGGUCCUACCCCGCUCACCGUCCUGUACAACGACAUGCACCCCACCGUCGGCCUCGUCUCGAUCGCCUGCACGUCGAACAACAUCUCGGUCGGCGGCGUCUUCAACAUCGACGUGAACUCUCCCAACCCACCUUCAGACCUCAUCGUCUACCUCGUCCGCGUCUCGCUGGAGAUCACCAUCGAGCUCACCACCAAGCGCAAGGGCAAGCAAACCGUACCCGUCCAGCGUCACAAGCUCUUUGAAAAAGGCUGGGUCCCUCCCAAGAACAACGACGGCUCGCACGGCGACGGCAAGAAGACCGACGGUUUCGUCCGCAACUGCGGUAGAGAGGACGCAUGGACAGUCCAAGGCAUCGCCCGUAUGCCGGACGACAACCACGUGCGCGCUUCCACCGUCGCAGCCAGCAAAGCGGCCAUCCGAUUCAGCCACGUGCUCGUCGUCGAAAUCGUCCACUCCCGCAAACCUCCCGGAAGCACCGCCCGCACGCCCGAGGAAGAAGCCCGCGAACGCCGACUCAAAGUGUUCGCCCUACGCCAACCGGUCCUCGUCCCCAGCUGCUGUUGCGCAUACGACGCCGUUACGCUCCCCGCCUACUCGGCCGCUCCGGACCCCAACAGCCGUCGCGCCGAGAUGCCGUACGACCUAUCCUCCUUCUCCCACCACCCGCCUUCUUCGGAAGACCACCCCUCCGAUGCACCCAACACGAGCACGCAGGUCAAUGGGCAGAGUCAACUCUUCUGCGUGUGCGGCAUGUCGUUGCAGGACCUCUCCGCCCAAGAACGCGCCUUGAUCCCUACAGCGCCACUCGACGUGAUGGGCGGCGAACUGUUCCGGCAUCAGGGGAAGAUCGGCGAGCUACCACCGCGACUUGACGGCAGCAGGAGGCGCAGCCCGUCGACGUCGAGUAGCGCCAGUGGCAUCGUGGCGAGUUUGCGCGGGAGACGGGGGUCGAGCAGCAGCACGCGAACGGCGAACGGCAAUGGAGGGGAGGUCACCGCCAGUUUGAAAGGCAGGAGUCCAAGUAUCAGUUCUGCAUUCCGGGCGAGACGCGGAAGUAGCAGUAGUGGAGCUGGAUUCAUGGGCGGUGUCGGACUGGGCAGGGGCGAGAGCGUGAGUAGGAGCAGCGCGAUCAGCAGGAUCAGUGCGAGUGCUGGGGCGGGAAGGGUGGGCAGUCCGAGUCGUGGAAGAGGGGGUGAGGGGAGCAGCGGGCCCAGUGGCAGCGGGACCAAUGGCCAAGCGUCGAAUGGUGCUUUGUGA